GUAUGUCAGGGGAACAUUUUUGUCAAGUCAGACAGAAAUGUCCUUUCUGUGACUAUUCCAGGCAGUGGAAAAGUCAGCCGAUCAUCGGCAGCACCCCAGCAGGCAACCUGCAGUUAUCUGCUGCAGUACACUUUACUGGCACGUCAUUUAGACAGAUCAGCAAAGUUCUGUCUGCACUCAAAGUCUGCAACAUAGUAGAGAGCACAUAUUUCCUCCAUGCCUCAUCAUUUAUGGAGCCAUGUGUUUUCGCUGUAUGGAAGCGGACCCAAGCAGACCUGAUCCAGGAAACAAAGAGUAGGCCUGGGGGAGCCGAGCUUGGGGGUGACAUGAGAACCGACAGCCCGGGACACUGUGCAAAAUAUGGCUCUUACUCAAUGAUGGACCUCAACACGGGAAAAAUUAUUGAUGUCCAGUUAGUGCAGAGUAACAAAUGUGGCGGCAGUGCCAAAAUGGAGAAAGAGGGCCUGAUUAGAAGUCUCGAUUUCCUGGAAAAAUCUGCUGUGAAAGUUGCAUCAAUUGUUACUGACAGACACUCUCAAAUCCAGAAGUUUUUGAGAAUUGAGAGGAACGAUAUUGAGCACUUUUAUGAUGUUUGGCAUGUUGCCAAAGGUGUUUCGAAGAAAGUAGAGGCUCUGGCAAAGAUGAAGGACUGCAAUGAGUUAAAGAGAUGGCAGCAGAGCCUGGUAAACCAUCUGUACUGGUGUGCCAUCUCUUCCUCAUCGGAUGAAGAAGCUGUAGCUAAGUGGACAUCAUUCAGUAAUCAUGUCCAGAACAUCCACAGCCAUGACAACGUCCUCUUCCCUGAGUGUCUGCACCCUGCCUUGGAUGGAAGACGCCCCAAAAAGUGGUUGAAAUCAGCAUCAACGGCUUUGUUUAAACUGCAGAGGAUUGUGUCAAACAAAUACCUCUUAAAAGGUGUGGCAAAACUCAGCCCAAAGCACCAAACAUCGGCCAUUGAGGCUUUCCACAGCGUCAUUCUGCGAUUUGCCCCCAAAAAUGUCGUCUUCUCCUACAGGGGAAUGCUAUGCAGGUUGUAUCUCGCUUCGCUGCAUUUUAAUGAAAAUGGAAACAGGGAACAUCUGACGUCUAGAGACAGAACACCAGCAUACAAGAUCAAAUACCCCAAGCACAAGAAAGGAAAACACACGAUCCAGCCACUGAAGAAAAAACCAUCAUAUGCCUAUGUGGACAACCUAAUGCGCGUCUUCUUCGAUGAGGUGCUGCAUGAACCAGCAAAAUUCACUGUUGAGCUUCAGGAACUGAAGAUCCCAGACACCCUGUGUUCUCAGUUCCACAGACCAGACAAGCAAGAGGCUGUUGCUGCCUAUGUAUCUCGCUUCAGCCACUGAUGCACUUUAUUUAUUUUGCGUCUUGGCAGACCUCAAACACAAAUGACAUGGCAGUCUAUUCUUUCUGGUUGAUUAUUUUAAUUCAUAUGAUGUUUAAUUUCAAUCAUUAACAGACAGUGCCUGGAGUCAGGGUCAGGA